AAGAUAAUAGAACAAUGAACCCGGGAAGGACGAACCGUCUGUUGUGUGUGUUGGUGUUAUAUAAUGGGGGCGUGAGUUGUGCCUCACGUCUCAUAACCUUCUCUAGACUGACUACACGUUACCAUGGACAGACAUGAACUUCUUACCUGCAUCAUCCACAUCAUUUUGGUUGUCAUGGUUCCCAUAAAAGCCUCGAAAAGAAGCGAAUCCUGCUUUAUACACCAGUCGACCCAAGUAUGCUCCCGUCAUCGACUCAGGUGUGCUGGUGGUUAUAAAAUUAGAAUCAAUGGAACAUUUUAUGUUGCUAAAAGUGAUACAUUAAAGUGUUUGGACUUACCGCUCAACUGCACCUCUAACAAUCUACCAAACUGCUGCAAACUGGCACGCGGAGAUCUAAAUCGUCAUGUUUUCAACACCACAGAGAGUGAGAAAAUCAAAAGUCUUUGUUCGAAUAAGGCGUACUGUGAGUUUCCUGCUCCACGAACCCCAAGCCUAAUUUUCUCUGUGGUUACGUAUGACUGUAUUGAAGGCGAAACCACAGGAAUUGAUGUCGGCGUUGCCAUCGCUGUUGCAGUGGUCACCAUUUAUGGAAUCUUAAUCGUCAUUUUCCUGUGCUAUUUAGAAAAG